UAAGCUGGAAAGCGGGGAUAGGAAGUUCCACAUGCCCAAGUUUCAUAUGCCCAAAUUUGGAAUUUCACUUCCCAAAGGAAAAGGUAUCCCAGAGGCAGAAAUCAGCGUACCUUCUGUGGAAGCAGAGCUGCCAAAGACAGAAUUGAAAGCAGAGAUUUCACUGCCCUCUGCAGAGCUUGAGACUGAUCUUAAGCUUCCACAAGUGGAGGUAGAUGCCCCUAGCUUGGUAGUGGAGAUUGGAGAUAAGGGCAAAAUCAAAAUGCCAGAAGUGAAGAUGCCUAGCGUCAAGGUCCCCAAACUCAAAGGGCCAGAAGUGGGGAUCUCCUUGCCAAAGGUUGAAACUGACAUCACCCUUCCCAAAGGAAAAGCUGAAGUGCCUGAUGCUGCAGCGGUUGUAAAAUUGCCAGAGGCUGAAAGCACCAUCGAUGGGGGAGGACUGAAGAUACACAAGCCAAAGUUCAAGAUGCCCAGGAUGGGAUUCUCCAAACCCGACAUUAAGGGCCCCAAAAUCGAUGUGGAUGUCAGUAUGCCUAAAGUGGACGUUUCUCUUCCCGAAGCUGAUCUCAGUCCUGCCAAACCUGAGCUGAACCUGGGCAAAUCUGUGUGUGAUAUUGAUAUUUCUGUCCCAGAAAUAAUAAUUCCAACCGGGCAAGGUUCCUUGGAAGUGAGAUCUCCUCACCCAGAAAUUGAGCCUCCUUCCUCCAUGGCUGUGCAUGUGCCUGAUGUUCAACUUGAAAGUGGGGAUGGUAAAUUCAAAAUGCCCAAGUUUCAAAUGCCCCAAGUUGGAAUUUCAAGGCCCAAAGGAAAAGGUUUUUCAGAGGGAGAAAUCACCAUACCUUCCAUGGAAGGAGACCUCCCCAAAACAGGACUUAAAAUGGAAUUCACAUUGCCCUCUUCAGAGCUCAAAGCUGACAUUACUGUUCCAGAAGUGGACAGGGAGGCCCCAAGCCUGGAUGUGGAAGUUGAAGAGAAGGGCAAUAUCAAAGCCCCUGGGAUGAAGUUGCCUAGUGUCAAGCCCCCCAAGUUCACUACACCAGAAGUAGGCAUCUCCCUUCCAAAGGUUGAGGCGGACUUCUCCCUUCCCAAAGGUAAAGCUGAACUGCCUGAUUCUGAGGCUGCCAGCAAAGUGGAGGAAGCAGAAGGUAGCCGUGAGAAAGGCAGGAUGAAAAUACACAUGCCAAAGUUCAAGAUGCCCAGUAUGGGAUUCUCUAAAUCUGAUAUCAAGGGCCCCAAAAUAGAUUCAGAUGCCAGCAUGCCUGAUGUUCACACCUCUCUUCCAAAUGUUGAGCUCAGCACUACAAAACUCCAGCUUAAGGCAGAUGAAUUUGAGGGCGACAUCAGAAUAGCAGGCCCUGAAGUAAAGAUUCCAUGGGUCCCAGUCACUGUGGAACUCCAAGCUCCUGACGUAGAAGUACAAGCUUCUUCAGGAAAAGUUCCAGAUAUUGCUAUUGGCCUAUUCAAGGACGUGGAUGUUCCCCAGCUGAAAACAACAAUGGAUAUUAUUGAUAUUGCAGUGGAAGCUACAACACUUGAAAUGGAGUCGGAUGUACUUGGUGAAAAAAAGGAUGUCUUGGAACAGAAAAUAAAAAUGUCCCAAAUUAUUAAAGCUGAUGUGAAGACUGCAGCAGUAGGCAUACCAUCUGUUGAUAUUUCUGUCGCACAGUCAGAGAUAAGCACUCAGGAUUUACAUGGUGCAGCUAAGGAACCAGAAGCUAAGGGACAGAUAACUAAGAGAGGAAGUUUAGAUGGAGAAGAAAAAGGACAUUUCAAAAUGCCAAAAUUCAAAUUGCCAUCAUUGAGCUGGUCCCCUAAAAAGGAAGCAAGCUUUAAAACAAGUAUAAAAGAACCUGUGGAAGAAUCUCAUCUUGGCAUAGUAUCAGAUGAUUCAGGCACAGAACCAAAAGUAACUAUUUCAGAAGAUCAAGGAGUUCAUACUGAUGGAAAUGUAGACAUAGCCACCAAAAAAGGUCAAGUAAAAAGACCUCAUUUAAUUAUGCCCAAAAUCUCACUGUCUAAGACAAAGGUACCAAAAGCAGAGGUAGAUAUAGUAGUUGAAGGUGAUGGAGCUUUGGUGCAAAUACCUGACAUAGAAAGCAGUUUUACUACAAGAAACGUAGAGGAAACAGAAAUAAGUGUAAAAAUGCUGAAAGGUGAAAUCAAAGAAAUCAAAACAUUACAGACAGAUACAGAUAUAAGCUUACCUAAGGUGUCCAUGACAAAAAGUUCAUUUGAACAGACAUGUUUAGAAACAGAGGUCAAAGGUGACAUUUAUAUGGACAGUGCAAGUAUGAAAUCUGAUGGUACAGAGGGGGAGUUUAGGAUGCCAAAACUGAAAAUGCCAAAGUUUGGCAUUUCAGAACUGUCAGAAAGUGCAAUUUCAGAUCUGUCAGGCAGUGGAAUCACUUCAUCAAAACCGGAAUCUGAUGCCUCUCAGUUUCAAAUGACUACAGAAUCUGAUGAACCUGGUGAAAAAGCUCAGCUCUUACAAGUUAAAAGUGAUGAAGGAAUUUCUGAAGAAAUUCAGACUGAGGAAUCUCAGAGUUGGUUUAAAAUGCCCAAAUUCAAAAUGCCUUCAUUUGGUCGAACUUCAAAGCCAAAAAAAAGUGAGGCUGAAACUGAAGACAUCACUGGAGAAGCUCAUGUUACUGAAUUACAAGUUGACGUAAAAUAUCCUGAAGUUGUAACCAUCUCAAGGGAACUUGACAGUGAAAAAAACAUCUCGGAACAAAAAGUCAUGCUUCCUCAAGAGGAUGUUAGAGUGCAGAAAGAACAGCAGUCUACCACCAAAGUGGGUGAAGGCAGUUUUUUACAGUCCUCAGAAAAAAUUGGCAGGAAAUCUAGUGACCUGGAGGCCAAAACGUAUGCUGAUAUAGUUAAAGAUGGCACAGAAGGACAAAGUUCUCAUACUGAAUUCAUUGGCACUAUCCCAAAGAUGGAUAUUGAUAGCAGCAUCCCUAAAAGUGAGAUGACCAUUAAGCAACCAGAAGUUAUACCAGACACUAUGAUAGUGGCUGAGAUACCAUCUACUGAAAUUACUAUGGGAAAGAAAAUCAAUGCUACUAUUACAGACCCAGAAAGCCUUGAUACACAACCUGAAGCAAUGGGGACUGAAAAGAAGUCACCCAAAAAGGAUUCUCAGGGAAAAGAAAGUAUAUUCAAAAUGCCAACAUUCAGUGUGCCUUUGUUUGGAUGGUCUACCACAAAGAGCAAUGCCAUUGUUCCCGGUAUUGAAUCUGACUUAGAAGAGCCUGCUGUUACUCUUUCCAAAGUUAAAAUGGAUGUUUCAAUCACUGAUGAAGACUUUGAAAUCAUUGAUUUCCCAGUUGAGGGCUUUGAAAAAGAUUUGCCUAAAGAAAGUGAAGUGAAAGCAGAAGAGAAAGAGAAAACAAGUAAAACAAAAGGAUCUAAAUUCAAGAUACCAAAAUUUGCCAACUUGCGCAGUAAAUCUCAGGGUGUAGAAAUUCAGGUUGAUUCAUCAAAAGUGCAGACUGAGGUAUUAUUAGUUAGACCGGAGGGAGAAACAUCAGAAAUCCAAGUUCAGGAUAAAAAACCUGGAGAUGCAGAAGAAAGUUUCCAAAUGCCCAAAUUCAAAAUGCUCAAGUUCACACAUAGAAUUUCUGAAGGAGAAAAACUGACUUCAGAAGAGACAAUGGAUAUAAAGGAUACUGCUGAUGAUGAUAUUUCUCAAUUGCAGUUCAAGGCUAUGUUCCCUGAAGACAAAGGAGAUGAUAUUCAGAAAUCAAAAGUCAGAAUUACAACGUUGUCUGAACCUGCCAUUCAGAGACCACAAAUUGGAAGUAAAUUCCAAUCUACAGACUCUUCUUUUGUUGAUACAACAGUGUAUGUGCAUAAACAAGUGCCAAAGGAAUUCAGUGCUGAAUUUCUUAAAGAGAAAAUAGAGGCUAUGGACAGUAAUGUUCAAAAGUCAAUCGCUAAAAUUACAACACUGAAGGAGCCAGAUAUUCAAAGAGCACCACUUGAAAUUAAACUUCAGCCUGAUGACCCAUUUAGUUCAAGUGCACCAGUGCAGGUUAAAGGAUCAAUUGCUGAAAGUAGAGAAAUAAAGAUGGAAAGUAAAUCUACCUUUGGCUGUGGUGAUGUUGCUGAAAUACAGGAAUCUUUCUCCACUCAAGUAGUCAAAGAAUCUGAGAUUCCUCCAUCGGAUGUUCAAACUGCUGCCUUUGGAUUUUCGUUUCUCAAAGUGAAAAUCCAGGAAUCACACGUGAGCUUAGAUGUACCAGUCAAGUUAUCUUCUACAAAAUGUAUGGGUGAAAUAUUUGAGGAUAAGGAUCAUCAACUUUCAGGUACAGGAGAAGCAGCACCAAAGGCUGGUUUGAGUGAAGUGAAACCAUCUGAUAAAGAUAAGGAUAUAAUUUAUGAAUAUGUUGAAGGAACAUCAUCUGCUGCAACACUGACAACACUUAAAUCCUUUACAGUUGAUAUACAGUCUUCUAGUGAAUUUGCAGAGAGUCACUCUGAGUCAAUAGAGAUAUCUAAAUCUGCUAUAGAAACUACAGAGGAAACAACAUUUAUAAGUAGCACAGGAGAGGUCACAGAUGAAAAAGAUAGUAAGAGAUCUGGUAGAUUUAAACUUUGGUUUCCAAGCGUUGGGUUUUCUCCCACUACAGAUGACACAAUAUCAGAUUCAAAACCUGAACAAAAAGUUCAGCCUGAUGAUUCAUCCAAAUUAGACAGUGAUACUGCCAAAGAAACUGAAAAAACAGGAUGGUUUAAAUUUCCCAAGUUAGGUUUUUCAUCUCCAACAAAAAAGAACAAGGAAACGGGCAAAGAAAAGGAAACAGAUUCAAAAGAAGGAAAGGGUGAAGGAAGUCCAACAGACAAAAACGAAACUUUCUUUGAUGCUCAGGAAACCUUAUCAUUCAAAGAGAAAGAAGAAAAUGAAACCUCGGGUGAUAUACCAUCCGAGCCCAUUGUUUCAUCUUCAGCAAGAACUGAAUUGAUCCUCUUAGAGAAAGGGAAAGCCGAAGCCAAACAGACUCCUGAAGACUCAUCAAAAUAAAAUUGUUUCUUCCUCCAUAUAAAUAAAAGUACAAUAUCAUCUUGAAAAAUAUUUUUUAAAGAAUCAG